GUUUUGAAACCGGGUGAUUUUAAUUUUGCUAUUUAACUUAUUUGUUGUUAUUAACGUUUUAUAUUUAUUUUUUGCAUCUAAUCAUCAUUUAUUAUUAUUUUUUUUUUUUUUGGGUUUCUCUCUUUCUCUCUUCUUAUCUAUCGGUUUUGUUCUUUUAGUUUUUCUUUGCACGAUUCGCGAAAAUAUUAAAAACUAAAAACAAAAAAAAAAUUAAAAAGAAAGUGGCAAUGGGAGUUUUAAAAAGAUAGAAUAUACUCUUUUUUUAGUAUAUACAGUUUAAUCUGUCUUUUAUACUGUAUAAUAGGAAAAAUAUGAGCGACUAUUCUGUUUCAAAGAAAUAGUUUAUUCUAUACGCAAAUAAACUUAAAGAUUCUAAUUAAAAAUAACUUGAUAUCAAAACUACAAUCAAAACAAACAUAACAUAGUUUAUUUUAUGAUAACUGUUGCUACCAUACACUUUAUAUACUCUGGAGAAGCUAUAGUCAUAUUGAUAAAGUGAAAGAUUAUCUAUCAAUGAAAUGAAAUGUCUAUAAUUCUUAUUAUAUAUAUAUAUUUAUAUUAAUCUCGUUUUUCUUUUCCUCUUUUAACUCUUUAUUCUUACUAUCCGCUUUAUAAGUUGGUAAAUUUUAUUAAUUGAUUUACUGUAUUGAUUGAAAGGAGAAUAUCGAUGAAUUGGCAUAGUUUAUAACUUAUUUAAACUACUUAUGAUCAAAUUUUCAUCGAUAUACGCUAAAUUCUAUCAAAUUAAUACCAAACUGAGGUUAUUAGGUUCUUAUUUUUAUAAUGUUCGAAAAACAUCCGUAACAAUUGCUCCAAAUGCGAAUUGGUGUUUUUUUUUUGUCUUCGAACGUACCAAACUUAUACGACUAAUUGUACUUUGUUAUGUAAUAAUCUUUAAAAAUAGGAUUAUCCACAUGCUUGCCACUUAUUAACCGUUUAGAACCAAUAGCUUUUUGCAUGCCUUAUUUAACAGAAUGGACGGUAUUUUAUGUGUAUAAAAAACAGUAUAUAUAAAGGUUUUGCGUCGUACCAGCAUAUUGACCACUUUAUACACGAAAUUAUACGGUGCCCAAACUAAUGAUGGGGCUGUCCGUGGUCAUCGUCUAGACAUAUUCAAUCGAUUGAACAAGCGUGUCAUUUGAAAAUCUUAUUUACCGAACAGGUUUAACCGAAACUGUCAAAAAAAAAACAAAUUUUGUAUAUUCAUUAGUAUAAUAUAAAAAAAUCAAUCAACAAACCAACCAAUUAGCAAAACAGAAACCUCUUUGCCCACUUUCUUUUUUCUUAAGCUAAUUAGAGGAUUUUGCGAUUCAUCGCUUCAUUAAUCCAUGCGAUUGCCUUAAUCCAAGAUAAACCGCAAAAUAAUCUACCGAUUAAUCUGUUUAUAAUUAAGAAUUAACCAUGCACGGUUUAUGCAGCUAGAAAGAAUAAUACCGCAAAACGCCGACGAUAACCCAGCUAAUAACGACGUACGUCUUCAAAAACAUUUGCUUCUUUUAUAUAUACUUUUUAUUCUUUCUUCUCAAAAUGCACGACCCCUUUCCUCACUCUCUCUUCCCCACCCUCUCCGCUUUAGUUUUUGGUUUGAAAAUUCUAUUUUAUUACUCCUUUUCUUACACUUUCUAAUGCAUUAAUAUUUUAGUAAGAAGAACAAAAUUCUAUAAUCGCCUGUUCUUUCUUUAUUUAUUUAUUUACUCUCUCUCUCUCUAUUUUUUUUUCAUCUUUUCUUCUAACUUAAAUGAAUUUUAUCCAUUUCUGAGAAAUUAAAGAGGAUGUUGAUUGUAUAAAUUUGUUUCUUUUCUCUUUGUAUAUGAUUUAUAUUGUAUAUAUAAAAUGAUAUUUGCAAAUGAUUCCUCUUUAAUCUACUUUCUCUUGUGUAUGUGCACGAAACAUCCGCUUUAUUCUCCCACCCCCCCUCUCCCCUCCUCUCUCGCUCUGUAUCAGCCUGUCUAUGUAUCUCUCUCUCUCUCUCACACACACAUAUACACACACACAGAUAUAUAUAUAUAUAUAUAUAUAUAUAUAUAUAAGUGUGUGUGUGUUUGUUCUCUAGCUAUUCUUCUUUUCUCUUUUUAUUUUAUUUAUAUUUUUUAAAUUUUCUCCUUCUAUUCUAUUCGUGUUCGGGCUUGUUAGAGCAUUGAUGGCAUUUUUGUGGUCAACCAAUGGCCGAUUGUGUUGUUUCGCUAACGUUGCAUGUGGUCUCCGACAUAUAUAUUUAUGUCUGUUUAUAGAAGAUCCUUAUUUGCAUGAUCUAGUUUAAUUUUUCUUACAUUUUUCAAAUUUCAAAGCGAAAGCAUGCUGGGAAUGUCGGACGCUGGUCAACCGCCCUGCUAUUGUUAAAUAUCCAGGGCUGUUGUAUAAUUAGAUUGAGGCGUCCAGGCUUUUUCUACAAUUUACUGUUGUUAUUUUCUUUGAUUUGUAGCCCACUGACUUUUCCUCAGUGCACGAUUUAUUUUUUUUUGAGCUAAGAAACUAUUGCUUGUGCUAUCUUCCUUAACUUUUCGUGUGUGCUGCCAUCUAUCCAACGUUCGUUCAUUGUCUCAUCAUUUUUGUCUUCUUUCCGAUUAAAGGAACAAGAGACAAGUGUGCAAGAUACAACUCUAACCUAUCACUUCUUUGGGUCUAGAGGCAGAGACACGCUCAAGUACGAAGAGUUCUCAAAGUUUAUGGAAAAUCUGCAAACGGAAGUACUGCAAUCCGAGUUUGAAGACUACGCCAGAGGAAAGUCAACCAUUACAGAGGAAAAUUUUGCAAAGAUUCUCCUCCGCUAUACAGUCUUAUCGGAGGAACAACAUGACGAAUAUCUAAAUAGAUUACGUAAACGUAUAACUAGUGGCAAGGGAAUCGACUUUAAGGCAUUCAAAGAUUUCUGUCAAUUUUUGAAUAAUCUGGACGAUUUUGCAAUUGCAAUGAGAAUAUAUACGUAUAGUGAACAGCCGAUUUCCGAGAGUGAGUUUAGAAGAGCAGUUAAAAUAUCGACUGGACACGAAUUGGACUUUCACGUUGUUCAUACAGUGUUUCAACUAUUUGAUGUAGAUGGCGACAAUCAAUUGAGCCAUAAUGAGUUUAUAACUGUUAUGAAAGAUCGCGUCCAUAGAGGGUUUAGAUCACAAAUCUUCCAAAAGAAGAGAUUCUGGGAAAACUUUAAGGGCUGUGUCCGCCGAGAAAUGAAACACUCCUAAAAGGGAAAAAUUUAAUUAUAAACAGUAUAACAUCUUAGAGUGUCUUUUUCUAUUAUCUUUGCAAUGUGUUUUCAAGAUUCUUCUUUAUUCUUCCCUAUCGCUCUCUCUCUCUCUCUCUCUCUCUC